GCGCGGAAGGUCGCGGGCCCCUGCGGUCCCGGAACUUCUCGCUCUGCGUCCCGCCUCCCUCCCGUGCCCCGUCCCCCUUUCCGGCCCGCGCAGACCCUCUUCGGCCGCUGCGCUGCGCUUCCCUUCGGCCGGGCGUGUGUGAGCGCGCUGUCCGCCAGCCGCGGGCCCCCGAGGUGGUGAUGCUUUUCCGGUUGCUAUCGAUAGUCCAAAGACAAAGAACUAGCCCAGGAUGGCAGACCUGGUCAUCAGCAAGAAGCAGCACGUCCACUGCCGAGGCACAUUCUAUUGCUCUGCCUGCCCAGGCCCAGGUGGUCAUCUGUGGGGGUGGAAUCAUGGGUACAUCUGUGGCUUAUCACCUCUCCAAAAUGGGGUGGCAGGAUAUUGUCCUUUUGGAACAGGGCAGGCUGGCUGCUGGCUCAACAAGGUUCUGCGCUGGCAUCCUCAGCACUGCUAGGCAUUCCAGCAUUGAACAAAAGAUGGCCGACUAUUCAAACAAACUCUACCAUCAGUUAGAGCAAGAAACGGGCAUCCAAACAGGUUAUUCAAGGACAGGCUCAAUCUCUCUGGCCCAAACUCAGGACCGCUUGAUCUCUCUGAAGCGUAUCAACUCAAGGCUAAAUGUUGUAGGUAUCCCUUCUGAGAUCAUCACCCCGAAGAAAGUGGCUGAACUUCACCCUCUCCUCAAUGUCCAUGAUCUGGUGGGGGCUAUGCAUGUUCCUGAUGAUGCAAUAGUGUCCUCUGCUGAUGUGGCUCUUGCCCUGGCAAGUGCUGCCUCCCAGAAUGGUGUUCAGAUUUAUGACCGGACAAGUGUUCUUCAUGUAUUGAUCAAAAAAGGUCAAGUUACCGGUGUGGAGACAGAUAAAGGACAGAUUGAAUGCCAAUAUUUUGUCAACUGUGCUGGUCAGUGGGCAUAUGAGCUGGGUCUGUCCAACGAGGAGCCGGUUAGUAUCCCGCUACACGCCUGUGAACACUUCUACCUUCUGACUCAUCCCUGCGACACCCCUCUGCAGAGCAACACACCAACUAUUGUGGAUGCUGAUGGAAGGAUUUACAUUAGGAACUGGCAGGGUGGCAUCUUGUCUGGUGGCUUUGAAAAGAACCCAAAACCUAUUUUCACUGAAGGCAAGAACCAGUUGGAAAUUCAGAACCUUCGGGAAGAUUGGGAUCACUUUGAGCCCCUGUUGAGUUCCCUUCUGCGUAGGAUGCCAGUAUUGGAGACUCUGGAGAUUUUGAAGUUGGUGAAUUGCCCUGAGACCUUCACACCAGACAUGAAGUGCAUCAUGGGCGAGUCUCCUGUAGUACAGGGCUACUUUGUCCUGGCAGGGAUGAACUCUGCUGGCCUGUCGUUGGGUGGAGGAGCUGGAAAGUUCCUUGCUGAAUGGAUGGUAUAUGGUUAUCCAUCUGAAAAUGUCUGGGAACUCGACCUGCAGCGCUUUGGAGCCCUCCAGAGCAGCCGCACCUUUCUGCGCCAUCGGGUCAUGGAAGUUAUGCCUCUGAUAUACGAUCUGAAAGUUCCCCGUUGGGACUUCCAGACUGGGAGGCAGUUACGUACAUCUCCUCUCUAUGACCGGCUGGAUGCUCAAGGAGCCAGAUGGAUGGAGAAACAUGGAUUUGAGAGACCAAAGUACUUCGUUCCACCUAACAAGGACCUUCUUGCAUUGGAGCAGAGCAAGACUUUCUACAAGCCAGAUUGGUUUGAUAUUGUGGAGUCUGAAGUCAAAUGCUGUAAGGAAGCUGUGUGUGUCAUUGACAUGUCUUCUUUCACAAAAUUUGAAAUAACUUCUACUGGGGAUCAGGCAUUAGAAACUCUUCAGUACCUUUUCUCCAAUGACCUGGAUGUGCCCGUAGGCCACAUUGUUCAUACUGGUAUGCUGAACGAGUAUGGAGGGUAUGAAAAUGACUGUAGCAUUGCACGCCUGAACAAACGCAGUUUCUUCAUGAUCUCUCCAACUGACCAGCAGGUCCACUGUUGGGCCUGGCUUAACAAAUACAUGCCGAAAGACAGCAACUUGGUACUGGAGGAUGUCACCUGGAAAUAUACAGCCCUCAAUCUGAUUGGCCCUCGAGCUGUGGAUGUGCUGUCUGAGUUAUCCUAUGCCCCUAUGACUCCAGACCACUUUCCAACUCUCUUUUGCAAGGAGAUGAGUGUGGGCUAUGCAAAUGGGAUCCGAGUGAUGAGUAUGACUCACACAGGAGAGCCAGGAUUCAUGCUGUAUAUCCCCAUAGAGUAUGCUCUGCAUGUCUACAAUGAGGUGAUGAGUGUUGGACAGAAAUAUGGAAUCCGGAAUGCUGGGUAUUAUGCUCUUCGAAGUCUCCGAAUUGAAAAGUUUUUUGCCUUCUGGGGUCAGGACUUAAACACCCUCACCACGCCCCUGGAAUGUGGAGGAGAGUCUCGAGUGAAGUUGGAGAAGGGCAUAGAUUUUAUCGGUCGGGAUGCCCUGCUGCAGCAGAAGCAGAAUGGGGUAUAUAAACGCCUUGCUAUGUUCAUCCUGGAUGACCAUGACACAGACCUGGACCUGUGGCCUUGGUGGGGAGAACCCAUUUACCGGAAUGGAAAGUAUGCUGGCAAGACCACCAGUAGUGCCUAUAGUUACACUCUUGAGCGUCACGUAUGCCUGGGUUAUGUACACAAUUUUUCUGAGGACAGUGGGGAGGAGCAGGUGGUGACAACGGAUUUCAUCAACCGAGGAGAAUAUGAAAUUGACAUUGCAGGACAUCGGUUUCAGGCCAAGGCCAAGCUCUACCCUGUCACCUCCUUUUUUACUCACAAGCGUAGAAAGGAUGAUGUGGAGCUGAGUGACUUUCAUGGGAAGUAAUGCCAAGACAUCCUCCCUUCCUCCCAUUCUCUCACCUUGAGGGAGCAUCAUUCCGGGAGCUGACUUUUUUCUCUGUUCUUGUCUCUUUAUGGGAGGUACCUUUGUCCUCUAUUUGAAUUUUCAAUUUGACUUACUUUAAAAACUUCUUUGAAAGCCUUUCUUGUCCCCCCAUUUUUUCCUUUGCUGUCACCCCUCCUAAUACUCCAGGCUCUUCUCAUCCCUCCAGCAGGCUCACAUUCCCACAGUGGAAGGCAGAAGCCACUUGUGGUGUCAGGUUAAGGUGACAGGCUGAUUGUUAAAUUUCAUCGUAAGGCAUAUGGUCAUUUUUAAGUCUUGGGGCAAAAGUCCAUUUCCCUUGGGCUGGGAUUCUUAAGAGUAACCUGCUAACUUUGGCAGAAUAUGUGUGUCUGAUGCAGCCCGGGAAUAACUUGUGUCUUAACCAGGCAGAUGAUUCUGUCCCACUGUGCUGUAAGCUGCCACCUGGUACCUCUUAACCAUCUACCUCACUGAUGAGAGGGACUGCAUGGACACUGCUCUGUGGAAGGGACUAGUAGUUAACCUGGCACCCCCGUUUCCCAACUUUGUCCUUAGAUCUUUGGGCCCAGGCAACCUGACUGCAAUUUUAUUUUCUGCUAUUCUGUAUAAUGAGGUUGGUUGUUUCUUAGCCGAGUGAGUAUAUGUGUAUGCCAGUAUUUGAAACGAGUAGGAGCAGUGUGAAUGCAGAUGUUGAGUUCCUUCUAUUAGAAGAGUGCUGCUUUUCUUUCAGCUAAUCAUAGGUCAGCAAGCUAUCCCUUCUUGAUUUUCCUCAGACGGCUUCUAGCCUCAUCUGUGCCUUCUAUAGCCUGCCUACAUCCUCAACAUUCAUUCUUACUCCUUUAGAAGAGGGAGAGGGAUUAGGUAGGGUGAGUAAGACAUGCUGUACAUACUGCAUUCCAGAGAGCUACCAGAUUCCCAAAUUUUACACCCUUAGUAUGAACAGAGCCACAUUUAAUUACCAUGGAGAGCUGUAAGGACAAUUUUCCAUCUUUUCUUUCCACACUUCCCCUGGUACCCAUGCACAUCCAGCCCUCCUGACAGAAUUUUGAAAUGGAAAAUUCACUACACAUUUCAGUGGUACUGCUAUUUUCUUUUUGUGGGAUGGCUUAACACUGGAACUCUGGCUAGUCUCAAAUUUGUGGUGGUCCACCUGCCCUAGUCUCGUGAGCACCAGGGGGUUGUGACAGUGUUUUCUGAAAGUAAACUUGGAUGUCACAGGCUAUGCUAGGUAACACCAACACUUAAUUUUCUCUUGUAUACAAACUGCCCCAGUGUGGAUUAUGAGAACCUUUAGUUCUCUGAGCAGUUGGGAGGCAGGUGGAUCUUUGUGAGUUCAAGGCCAGCACAUUCUACAAAGCACGUUUCAGGAUAGCCAGCACUACACAGAGAAACCCUGUCUCAAAAAAAUCUCCAGAGACAGCCUUUAAUUCAGCGUAGUUCUGGAAGCAUUGGUUCUGUAAAUUCUUAAUAGAAAUCCUUCACUUAAUUAGAGCAGCUCAAAUUUCUAUAGAACUGUUAUUCAGACUACUCUUUUUACACAUUUCUUACUAUUUUUUUUUCCAGCUAGACCACUCCUACUUGGCUUCUGAUAAGAUUUUAAUUAAUCUGUAAAAAAGGUACACAAUUUGCUGUGAAGGGGGAUUGCUGUUCUGGAGGAAAUGUGUAUUUAAUGAGAUGAGAGGUGCUGUUUCUAGGCAAAGGGAAGAGAGGAGAAAUACUCUGCUAAUGAGCUGAUCAAGGCAACAGCAGCAGUGGACCACUGAGGAGAUCAAGAGCAGGCCCUUAGCUGACCUAUGAAGAUGAAAGUAGAUACACACAAUGCCAGGUAUUUUGUGUUCUUUCCAAUAUGGUUGAUGGUUGUAAACAUUCCAGAGUCUGUGUGAAUGAAAGUUUAUUUGGAAUUGAAUACAAAAGAAUUUUUGACCUGUGCAUUAAUAGUAACAAUGUAGCAGCAGGCUGGGCAUGGUGGCACACACCUGUAAUUCCAGCAUUCCAGAGGGAGGCAGAGGCAGGCCGAUCUCUGCGAGUUUGAGGCCAGCCUGGUCUACAAAGCAAGUUCUGGACAGAGAAACCCUGUCUUGAAAAACCACAAAGAUGUAGCAGCAAUGUAGCGGCAAAUCUGCUCUUUAACGAUUCAGAAAACCCCCACAACUUCCAAAAUAGUUAAGUUUUAAAAUUUGGUGUGCCAUUAUUAUAGUAUAUUCUUCAACUACAAAUGUCAUCAAGAGUACUUUCAGCAUAUAUUUUGAGUCUUUUCUUCACUUGUUAGUCUCAAAGUUGGAGAGAAACCACUGUAUUCCAAAAACAUACAGCAACUUUCUAGGAAGUCUUCAGUUAGAAGUUCUGGCUGUUGCUGUUUUCAGCUCGCAGGCAGUGCUUGACUUGCUGAGGCUUUUUCUAUGGUGGGUGUCAUACACACCUUACAUUAGUUGAGGGGGCCGUUUACCUGGAACACCUGAUCCAGAAGUGUUGGAGGGGCAUUCUAGGCUUCUUGAAGUAGAAGCAGGUUAACAACAGAAAUGCUAAGUCCAGAGCAGUGGUACUCAACUGUGGGAUAUGACCCCUUUGGGGUUGGACAACCUUGACCCUUUCAUGAGUCAUCUAAGACCAUUGGAAAACACAAAUAUUUAAUUAUGAUUCAUAUUAGCAGCAAACUUACAGCAACGAAAAUAAUUUUAUGGUUGGGGUCAGCACAGCAUGAGGAACUGUAAUGAAAGGGUUGCAGCAUUAGGAAGGUUGAGAACCAUUGCGCUAGAGGCGUGACUGAAAAUCCAGGAAGACUAAGACUGUACAUCCUCAGUUGUGAGACAUUUCCAGCUCUUGGACAGUGAGGCUGUCUCGGCUUGCCUUGUAUGACAACACACUGUGGGGAGCCAGUCAGCUUUAAGGGGAUGAACACUUCGGCUUUAGGUGACAGGUUCUCUGGAAUAAUCUGUUGUCACAUUUCUUUCCCAGAAGUGAGGGGUUCCAUGUUCUUUGAUAAAUCUCUUUGAACAAGGUAACAAAGAUUAUAUAUAUAUAUGAGCUAGGGUUAGUAGUUUUCUGGGAUCCUUCUGGAAACGAUACGAAUGAAGGCUUUCUUUCCCCUUAGCUGUUCAUGCCACAUGCAACACCCGUUUCUCAGCACUACCACAGUCAUUUGAAAUGUACUCAAACUUCUAGCAGAGUUCCCUUCCAUGACAGGUACUCACCUUAUAGAAAGGGACAAGGAGCAAAGGCUUGAAUGGUCUGAAUUGUUCUUCUGUGGGUCCCUACAGGCCUCAUUAGUCCUGGGACACAGGAUCAUGUAACAGCACCAAACUGUAGCUUCAUUUUGGUCUCUUAAGAGCCCAUUUGUGCAGGAGUGGAAUACAGCCACUUCAGCUUGGCUCAGUACUUUCUGGCCUGUCUCCUUUACACCUAAUAUAUUCUAGGCUGUUGUGUUCAAGCAAGAAGCGUAACUAAACAUGAAAAACAAAUUUGUAGGUUUUAGUAUUCCACUGCUCUGCUGUUGGAUAUGGAUGGUAGUGCCAGUAUGAGUUACAAAUACUGGGAUCUGCUAAAGGUAUGCUGUUUCACUGAAGACUCACAGCUUUGAUUUUCCGGUCAAUUGUUCUCUAGCUUAGGAACAAACAUUUGCUAGCAUCUGAAAAAUUCAUCACCACACUUUGAGAGAAUUUAUGCCUUAUAGUAUUGGUACCAGUCCUGGGAAGAGUAAUUCCAUCAGCCUGUUUGCCAAAGUCAGCUACAGAUUUCAUCCUUGUAUCUGUUGAUUCUUAGCCAAGGAAACUAAUUUAUAAUAUUUGGGGUAAUGAAGAAUAAGCUGUCAUUUUUCAUUUUCUGCAUCCCAACACCCCCACCUCACAAAUGUUGAUAAGCAGCAUAGUAUCAACACAACCUUUCUUGGCUAGAGAAUGUUCAUCUUGUGCUUACAUCUGUAGGCACACAGACUGAGAAGGUGAGUAGGUGAAAUGUGUUAUCUGAGCUAUGGGUUGAUUGGCAGUACCUCUCUUCCUCUGCCACUACUGCUUUUGGUCUACAAGGUGCUGAUCUGCAAGCCCCCAUUUUCAAGUCAAUGUGGGGCUUUCUCCUGCAGUCCCUAACUUUUUCACAGUGAGUGUUUCAUAACGCCUUUGCCUUCUCUGUUAAGCAUCAGCAUUUCCCCUAUAUAAGACUCUUGGCCUCACUAAGCACUUUUCCACUUCUGAAUAAUUAUAUACAUUUUCUUCAUAUUUUGAGUCACCGGUUUUAAAUCUUUGCAAACAUCUACCUCCUUGUCUUUCUGUCUGUGAAGGACAGACUACAAGAGGAGGGGAAGUUAUUUUUAUCAUGUUUCAAAACAUCUAUGCCAAGAUUUCUUUGCACACCAAGAACUGAAGCUUGGAACAUUUCUCUCAGCCCAGUUCUAGUGCCUUACACUCCAGAAUGUCCAGUAGUGGACUGAGAUAGGAAGAAAGUGGAAUGUUGUCUGUGGGGUCUCAGCCCUCCUAUCAGUCCUCCUUCCUCAGAAUAAUCUGGGUGUGGGGUAAAAAGUUCUGUAGCUCAUUUCAUUGAACGCUUUUUUAGUUCAUAUGUAACUCUCUGGUUGAUGCUUAAACUAUAUAAAGCACCAGUACGAUUACUAUAAAACUCUAGAAAUUUGCAUUUAGCUCUUUUCUUUCCUGUGUAGUGUCAGCAUGUGGUCUUAAGGAGAUUCUAGGUAUUGGAGUAAAUAAAAAACUUUUCCUGAGCAGACUCAGUUGAUUUUGGACACAUGGAGUAACUAUGCUUUUUAUGACCAGAAUUCUUUCUAGAUUGCUGGAUUUCAAUUGAGAUUUUCUUUUCAUGUAUUAGGUGUAUGUAUAAAUGAAUAAACUGAUGUUUUCAUAACUA